AUGGACAGCACUAAAGGCGAUGAUAAACUAUUGAAGAGGAUUGCAUUUCCAGGAGCUGUGUCCCUGUCUGGCAGCCGCAUGCACCCCCGCGGGGUACCCCUGAGAGAGCCCUUCGGGGGUCCCUUCCACCUGGACCCAUCCUACUGGGAGCCAGCCUGUUGUGGGCACGCAGGUCGCAUCUCCUACGUCCCAUUUCCUGGCUACAUGGGCAUCUAUGACUGUUCCCUGGAGCCUGCCUUCAUUCGGAAAAGGAACGAGAGGGAGAGGCAGCGGGUGCGCUGCGUCAACGAGGGCUACUCGCGCCUGCGGGAGCACCUGCCCAAGGAAUUCGCCGACAAGCGCCUCAGCAAAGUGGAGACCCUGAGAGCUGCCAUCAGCUACAUCAAACACCUGCAGCGCUUGCUGGAGCGCCAUCCCUCGGGCUCUGGCGGUGAGGAAGCGCUGUGUGCCGAGGAGAUCCCGGGAGCGCCCAGCCCGGCUCCCCCGCGGGAGUGCGACAGCGACGGAGAGUCCAGAACCUCCGCGGCAUCCUCCCCGUACAGUGAGUUUGGGGACACGGGCAGCUAGCUCUGCUC